GGCUGGGCAUGGGGGCAAAUUUCCAAAGGUUGCAGAUUCAACAAUUAAGGGUUCACUUGAAUUUGCUAUGCGUCAUUACAGGUGAUAGGCCGAUUCCUACUCUUGGUAUGUGAUCCACUGAGGCUUUCAAGGUCUUCAACAAAAGUCCUAGCUUGACCACAACACAAGGAGAUGAGGGAAUACCACAUGAGUGAUAUGAAGAAUUUCACUAAAGAAGACUCUGUGCACAUACUCCUUCAUCAGAGCAAUGGGUUUUCCACAUGGAGUUCAAGGUACAAAGCAGUUACACUACUCAAAUGUGGACGACGAGAGGCUAGAUUGGGGCAGUUUGUUGGGAAGAACACAACAUUUGCCACAGAUGUCUACCUUGGGUGGUUUGAGGGCGAGAUAGAAUCUGGUUAUGAUAAGGCUGCCAUAAAAUUGAAUGGAAGGGAGGCAGUGACUACUUUUGAACUAAGCUCAUAUGAAGGAGUCAAGGAGAGACGAGCUCUGAAAUCAACUUCAAUGUCAAUGCUUAUGAAGCUAGAAGAUCUCCACCUCAGGCUACAUAUGGAAGUUCUGCCUCCAUGCUAGCUCCUCCCAGGCUGCUUAGAGUGGAUCAUCAACAGCACAAGUGAUUUAUAUUCUUAAAUAUUUUAGGGUAGCAUUUUUUUAAGUUUAGUAAAGGAAAAGGAUCCCU